AUGUGAACCGGUUAGACCGGACAAACCACCUACAAAGAGUUUAAGAACCAGGAUCUGCAGAUCCACACGACUACUGGCAAGAUGUCCACUGCCGCUAAUAUGGCCAGCGCUUCGCAGGACCUGCGAUUUGGACUGACGGACUACGUCGUCUUUGUCAUCAUGCUUGGAGCGUCGGCGGCAAUCGGAGUGUAUUUCGGAUUCUUUUCCAAGUCCAAAAACACCACCGAGGAGUAUCUUCGCGGGGGGAAGAAGAUGAAGACCCUUCCCAUAGCCAUAUCUCUAGUGGCCAGUCAGUUGUCCGGCAUUGCCAUCAUGUCCAUUCCGGCUGAGAGCUAUACCUACGGAUUCAACUAUAUAUUCGUGGUUCUGGCCAUGAUUGCGGUGAUUCCUAUUCUGAUCUACAUCAUUGUGCCUGUCUUUUACGAAAAUAAAGUCUCCAACUGCUAUGAGUAUCUGGAGAUGAGAUUUAACAAACGCACAAGGCAGUUGGUGACCGCCACCUUUGUGAUGAACUCGUUCCUUAUGUUGCCCGUCUACAUGUUUAUUCCAUCUCUUGCUUUUUCCCAAGUUACUGGGAUGAACAUCCAUUUGAUUAACGUGAUGGUCUCCUCCAUCUGUAUUUUCUACACUAUGCUGGGUGGGAUCAAGGCUGUGGUUUGGACCGAUGUGGUCCAGGGUAGCAUCAUGCUCCUGUCCGUGGGCGCUGUAGGAGUUUUGGGUACCAUCCGAUCGGGAGGCAUUUCCACUGUUAUAGACCACGCCUCUGAAGGUGGCCGUUUCAACUUUGACUUUGGCUUGGAUCCUCGUAUACGUAUGAGUUUCUGGAGUGCCACCAUGGGAGGAAUCUUCAUGUGGACGGGUCAUAUUGGCUUGAACCAGAGCUGUGUGCAGCGCAUAGUCUCCCUGCCAUCGUACUCCCAUGCCAAGAAAUCCCUGAUAAUUGCUGGAUUUGGAUUUUUGAUAAUAAUGUUCUUUAACACUGUCUCGGGAAUCAUUAUGUUUGCCCGCUAUUUUAACUGUGAUCCGAUGAUCGCUGGUUUGGUCAGCAAGCCGGACAAGAUGAUGCCAUUCUUCGUGCAGGACAUCAUGGGACAUCUAGCCGGGAUGCCUGGCGUGUUCAUCUCCUGCGUGUUCAGUGCCGCCCUCAGCUCACUUUCAGCCACGUUGAACUCCCUCGCCGGAGUGGUUUACUUCGACUACAUCAAGCCGCGAAUCAAUCACACGGAGGCCAAAGCCAAUGCGAUCAUGAAACUGGUCAUCGUAGUGAUGGGCGGCUACUGCAUCCUAGGUGGCUUUAUGGUGCAGAACUUCAACUCGAUUCUUCAGACGGUGGUCACAAUUACGGGCAUCAACACGGGUGCAGUGGUGGGGGUGUUCCUUUUGGGAAUGUUUGUGCCCCGCUGCAACGCCAAGACGGCUGUCACCAGCAUAAUCUUCAGUGUGGUGGCUAUGAUCUGGGUCAUCGCCAAUGGCCAAAUGAACUUCAAAUCUGGACUCAUCAAGUAUGAGGUGCUGCCAAAUUCUCUGGACCAGUGUGAGGCCAGGGGUCUUCACAUGAUUGCGGAAGUGAUCAACAAGACAGACUUCACGCCCGUCACAGUUAAGCCUCCUACCGGAGCUCCUGUGACCACUGCCUUCCACAGCAACCGUGACUUCUCUCUCUAUGACAUCUCGUUCUAUUGGUACAAGGUCUUGGGUACUGCUCUGAUCUUCCUGUGGGCAGUGCCCAUGAGCUACAUCUGGCGACCAGAUAAGAACGAGAAACAGAACCCGAAGCUGUACUCGCCCUUCGUGAGGAAGUUCCUCACUUUGCCUGAAGCAGAUCCAGAAGCGGAAGAGGUGCCCCUGCGAGGGUCCAAUGGCGGUGAAAUUCCCCACCUCCGGAUAGAAAAGGAAGCUGGUCUCGAACACUGAUUUUCAUUAAUUGUUUUAGUUAUUUAUAGACUGAAAUAUGACCAACACGAUUAAGAAACCCAAAUAAAAUAAAAUACAAUU